AUGACUGACACCCGGCGGAGGGUGAAGGUUUACACGCUAAAUGAGGACCGCCAGUGGGAUGAUCGAGGCACAGGGCAUGUGUCCUCUUGCUACGUGGAGAGGCUGAAGGGCAUGUCCCUGCUAGUCAGGGCAGAGAGUGAUGGCUCUCUUCUUUUGGAGUCCAAAAUUAACCCGAACACUGCGUACCAGAAGCAACAGGAUACCUUGAUUGUGUGGUCUGAAGCUGAAAAUUAUGAUUUGGCACUUAGCUUUCAAGAAAAAGCAGGAUGUGAUGAAAUAUGGGAAAAAAUAUGUCAGGUUCAAGGCAAAGACCCUUCUGUCGAUAUUACUCAGGACCUUGUCGAUGAAUCUGAGGAAGAACGUUUUGAUGAUAUGUCAUCACCAGGUCUAGAAUUGCCAUCUUGUGAAUUAAGUCGACUAGAAGAAAUUGCAGAACUGGUGGCAUCUUCACUGCCUUCACCAUUACGUCGUGAAAAACUCGCACUAGCACUGGAAAAUGAGGGCUAUAUUAAGAAGCUCUUAGAAAUUUUUCAUGUGUGCGAAGACUUGGAGAACAUUGAAGGACUACACCACUUAUAUGAAAUUAUCAAGGGAAUUUUUCUUUUGAACAGAACUGCACUUUUUGAAGUCAUGUUUUCUGAGGAAUGUAUAAUGGACGUAAUUGGAUGCCUAGAAUAUGAUCCAUCUUUAUCACAGUCACGGAAACACAGGGAAUUUCUGACUAAAACGGCAAAAUUUAAAGAGGUGAUUCCUAUAUCUGAUCCAGAGCUGAAGCAAAAAAUACAUCAGACGUACAGAGUACAGUAUAUUCAAGAUAUGGUCCUACCCACUCCCUCAGUUUUUGAGGAAAAUAUGCUAUCAACACUUCAUUCUUUCAUCUUUUUUAAUAAAGUGGAAAUUGUUGGUAUGUUACAGGAAGAUGAAAAAUUUCUGACAGACUUGUUUGCACAACUAACAGAUGAAGCCACAGAUGAGGAGAAAAGACAGGAAUUGGUAAAUUUUCUGAAAGAGUUUUGUGCGUUCUCUCAAACACUGCAACCUCAAAACAGAGAUGCAUUUUUCAAAACAUUGUCAAAUAUGGGCAUACUGCCAGCACUAGAAGUCAUAUUGGGUAUGGAUGAUGCACAAGUACGAAGUGCAGCCACUGAUAUAUUCUCAUAUUUGGUUGAAUACAACCCAUCCAUGGUACGAGAGUUUGUCAUGCAGGAGGCGCAGCAGAAUGAUGAUGAUAUAUUACUCAUUAACCUCAUUAUAGAACACAUGAUUUGUGACACAGAUCCAGAACUUGGAGGGGCAGUGCUACUUAUGGGUUUGCUUCGUACUUUAGUUGAUCCAGAAAAUAUGCUUGCUACUGCCAAUAAAACAGAAAAGACAGAGUUCUUGGGUUUCUUCUACAAACAUUGUAUGCAUGUUCUGACAGCCCCUUUAUUGGCUAAUACUACAGAGGACAAGCCUAGCAAAGAUGAUUUUCAGACAGCCCAACUCUUGGCAUUAAUACUGGAAUUGCUAACUUUCUGCGUAGAGCAUCAUACCUAUCACAUAAAGAACUACAUAAUUAAUAAAGAUAUCCUGCGAAGGGUACUCGUUCUCAUGGCCUCAAAGCACGCUUUCUUGGCAUUGUGUGCCCUUCGUUUCAAGAGGAAGAUAAUUGGGCUAAAGGAUGAAUUCUACAACCGUUACAUAAUGAAAAGCUUUUUGUUUGAACCUGUGGUCAAAGCAUUUCUAAAUAAUGGUUCCCGUUAUAAUCUGAUGAACUCUGCCAUAAUAGAGAUGUUUGAAUUUAUCAGAGUGGAAGAUAUAAAAUCGUUAACGGCUCAUGUGAUUGAAAAUUACUGGAAGGCACUGGAAGAUGUAGAUUAUGUGCAGACAUUCAAAGGACUGAAACUACGAUUUGAGCAACAAAGGGAAAGACAAGAUAAUCCAAAACUUGACAGCAUGCGCUCCAUUUUGAGAAACCAUAGAUACAGAAGGGAUGCAAGAACCCUGGAGGAUGAGGAGGAAAUGUGGUUUAAUACUGAUGAAGAUGAUAUGGAAGAUGGAGAGGCAGUGGUGCCCCCUUCUGACAAAACUAAAAAUGAUGAAGAUAUUAUGGACCCUAUCAGUAAAUUCAUGGAAAGGAAAAAAUUAAAAGAGAGUGAAGAAAAGGAAGUUCUUCUGAAAACUAACCUUUCAGGUCGUCAGAGCCCAAGUUUCAAGCUUUCCUUUUCCAGUGGUACAAAAUCUAACCUUACCAGCCAGUCAUCUGCAAGUAAUCUGCCCGGAUCCCCAGGGUCUCCUGGAUCCCCAGGGUCCCCUGGCUCUCCAGGAUCAGUUUCUAAAAGCACAUCUCAGAUGGCAGCUAUUACAACUAAGGGAGGCCUCGUUGGGCUUGUAGAUUAUCCUGAUGACGAUGAAGAAGAUGAUGAAGAUGAAGAUAAAGAGGAAACUUUACCUUUGUCAAAGAAAGCAAAGCUUGAGUCAUCAUAAUGGCAACUGCUGAAGAACAUUUCGAGUAGGGGGAAGGAUAUUUUUUCCAAAAACAAAACAAACCCCACAGCAAAGCAGCAAUCUUUUGUGAAUUACUGUGUGUGACACAGAUCCACCUAUACAGACGGAUUUCUGCCAAUCAAGUGCCAAUUCAAAGGAGCAGAAGAAGGGGAAAUACUUCGUUUAGGGGAAAGACUUAACGCCUUUGAGCUCUCCAGCUUGGACCACACAUUGCCCUUUUCUCAGGGAAGGAAAUGGAAAACAACAAAAAAAAAAACACAAAACAAAAACAAGCCAACAGGGCAGGAGUUUUGUUAGUGGAACUCUGGAUUGGCUGGUCAGUUGCUACAAUCAGAAUAUGCUUUCUUGGACCAUGUAUAAGACUUCUGAAGAAAAGGCGGUUUUCGCCAUAGUUCUUCACUAGUUAAGAAUGCCAGCAGUUUCUUUGUAUAAAAGAGACCUGCCUUUGAAAUCGUACAUUCUGAACAUUUUAGUCGAGCUACAACAGGUUUUAAAAACCUCUACGGAGGAAGGCCGAAUAUAAAGUUUCCUCUUUUUUCUUUUUUUUUUUUUUAAUCUGUUCCCUUUGCCCUUUAAACUGCAGAUUUUUUUUUUUUUGGAGGUGGGGGAUUUGUUUGUCCCUUCUUGAUUAAAGAUUGAGUGGAAUUC